GCUUGUUUGCGCUUCCACUUCCUGAAAGCGUAAAGAUGGCAGCCACUAGUCAGUGGACUCUGGUUUUACAGUGACAGAAAUGGGAAAUAAAACAAGGUAGCCGAAUUAUAAAUACAUGGGUGCAGAUUCCACACGUCACAGACAUGAAACUUGCUAGACAAUGUUUAAUUUUUGAAGCAGAUAAAGAGUGGAAAUCAGUUAGCUUUGCUGAAUUCACAGAGCCACGUCUGGUGGGUAAAUAAAUAUAUUUAGGACAGUGCACUACAAGUGCGAUAUUAAUGGUAUAUGAUCCACUAUGGCUGUCACCCAGUUCCGUUUAUUCAAAAUUUGCACAUGCCUUGCAACAGUGCUCUCUUUCUUUAAAAGAUUGAUAUGCAGGUCUGGAAGACCAAGAAAGCUAAGUGGAGAUCAGAUAACCCUUCCAACUACAGUGGAUUAUUCUGUUCCCAAACAGCCAGAGGUGGAAGAAUGGAGUUCUUGGGAUGAAGAAGCUCCCACAAGUAUUAAGAUUGAAGGAGGCAAUGGUAGUGUAGUCUCUCAGCAAAAUGAUGUUGAAUCAGAUGAGCCUGAUUAUUUCAAAGACAUGACACCAACAAUCAGGAAAACACAAAAAAUUGUCCUCAAGAAGAGGGAACCAUUAAAUUUCACUUUACCAGAUGGCAAUACAGGGUUUUCUAGCAGACUCGCUGUUACACAGGACAUUCCUUUUAAUGCGCCAUCUGCAGAGCUGGGGGAUUUAGGUAAUUGGCAAGAAAAUUCAAAUGCCUGGGAAGAUGAGUCUAACGCUACUUGGGAAGCUGAAGAUGUAUUAAGGCAGCAGAAAAUGGCCGAGAGGGAGAAAAGAGCUUUGGAACAGCAAAGGAAGAAGAUAGAGAAAGAAGCCCAAAGACUAACUAAAAAGGAACAGAAAAUUGCUGUAAAGCUUUCAUAACAUUUAAGGAUCCGAAAGACAGGGUGUACUGUAAACUGGAAAAGUACAUGUUUCCCCAAUAUGAACAGUUAUAUUUCUGUAGAUAUAGUUUUAUACAGUAGUUGCUGUUAAUAACCUGGUAUUCCUUGCAAUCUGCAGUCCAGCAACCAACUUUUAUUUAAGUAAUUCAAAGGUUAGUAGAAGUAACUUGGUUUUAAAACAAAUCCUAUACCUAGAACACAAGAACAUUCUCACAACAGCAGCCAUUUUCAGGAAUUCCUGUUAAUUUGUCACUGGAUUGCUUGAUGUUCUUUUAUAAUAUUUGAAACAUGGCAAAUAAGAACUAUUUAACCAUGAUGCAGUAUUACAUGUUCAAUUAAUUCAACUGAAAUUAAAUUUGAAUUUUAAAUAUUAGACAUUCUUUUAAAAUAGAUUUUCAGCACAUGCCUUAGUAAAACAAAACACUUUUUAAAUGUACAAAAUGUAGAGGGUUUUAACAUAACCUCAAAGACUGAUAAUGCUAUCGGCUUAUGUCAUUCUUAAUCUUUUCUGACCCUUUUUCUUUUAGUUCUGAUGUGCACAUCACAUCAUCAGCUAUUAAAACUUAAGCAAAAAUAUUUGGCUUUUAAUUUCUACUUUUGACUGGGCAUGUGAUAGCAUGUCAUUGCCCAUUAGAUAGCCUAUUUUAUACAAUUGUAUAAACUUGCCUGCUAUGAAAUUAGGCUCAAAGAAAUGGUAAGAGGUUUGAUGCGGUUACUGUACAUUAUACCUAAAAAGGUCAAAUUAUGAAGGUUUUCUUAAAGCGGAAGCGAACUCUUUUAUAGAAAACAAACUGUUAAAUACAAAUUUUUGUCCAUAAGGAAAAUAUUUACCUGGUAACUUUGUACAGUAAAACCUAUAACUUAGAAGUAAACAUUAUUUAUUAAAUGAAUUUAUGAAAAACACAUUAAUUGUUGCACAGGGCCAUGUACAGUAACUCUAACUAAUGGAUUUACAAUGACUACGCAAAUCAUUGAAAAGUGUGUCUCGCCUAGUAAAAGCACUGCCAUUGAAGUGCAAGGUGUGGGCAUGCGGUCAUAGUUCAAAUAAGGUGGAAAUUUCAUAUCCUGGGUUUCUCCUUCCAAGUUGAGUUGAUUAUUCGUUCCUUAGGUUGGGAGAAAAGAGGCAAUUGACUUGAUUGUGGGAACCAAGGUCAUCCUUACCAGUACGUGGGUUCCUGGAAUGAGGCCAUGUUAAAAAUCAAAACAAAAAAUUACGAAAUAGCUAAAAUGAUUUGAUUGGGAGGAAUAGGUGCUUGCUGAUCAUAAAAGUGUAUUGAUGUUUUUAUUUUUGCAUUUGUGUUCCACAUUCAUUGAUUAUCUGUCUUGAAAAAGCAAUAAAUGAUCAAUGUCACUUA